UGUUCUCUCUGUCACCAUUGUGUGCUCUAAAAAAGUGUAUAUAAAUAAAUAUUACCCACAUUUUUAUUCAGCAUGGUUUCUCUGUGCAAAUGACUGUCGGUUCUUGGUUUCUCUGCCAAAACAGAAAAUCUUUGUACUCUUCUUCUCUCUCUCUCACCAUUCACACAACGACAACAUAAAUUCGAGAAUAUUAACAGCCAAUUCUAAUUCCACUCUCUUUCUUCAACAUUUGCGUCACCACUCAUCAAUCAUUCUUUAUUUUUUUGUUAGUUACAUUCUGUUUCUUAGUUUCUUCGUUUCACAACCCAUCACCAAACUCACCUCAAAAAACAAACUUUCCGUUUCUUUUUUCAAUUCAGAAUGGAGAGCAUGAGAUUAGGCCAAUGGUUAAAGUUAAAUCUUCUGGUGUUUGUACUGGUAUUGCUGAAGGCAGAAGGAGGUUAUGUGCCGAUAACUUAUGUCAAGAGCGCGGUAACAAAAGGAGCCGGUUAGGAGUUUUUCCUUCUUUUUCUGUGUUUUGUUUGGAUGGUAGUCCACCAGCUUACCAUUUAGAUAGAGGAUUUGGAAAAGGAAUUAACAGUUGGUUAGUUCAAUUUGAGGGAGGAGGAUGGUGCAACAAUAUCACUACAUGCCUUGGGCGUAAGAUGAACCGUUUAGGUUCAUCUAAGCGGAUGGCUAAUCAAAUUGCCUUUUCAGGAAUUUUGAAUAACAGGAGAAUGUUCAAUCCAGAUUUCUACAAUUGGAACAAAAUCAAGGUUAGAUAUUGUGAUGGUUCAUCUUUUACUGGUGAUGUGGAAGCUGUAAAUCCGGUAACAAAGUUGCACUUCAGAGGAGCAAGAGUUUUUAAUGCUGUCAUGGAGGAUUUGCUAGCAAAAGGAAUGAAAAAUGCUCAAAAUGCUAUUAUUUCAGGAUGUUCAGCUGGUGGUUUAACUUCAAUACUUCAUUGUGAUCGCUUUCGAGCUCUUUUCCCGCUAGGUGCUAAAGUGAAAUGCCUCUCAGAUGCUGGUUACUUUAUCAACGCAAGAGAUGUAUCUGGAACACAGCACAUCGAAGAGUUCUUCGGUCAAAUUGUAACAACACAUGGAUCUGCAAGGAAUUUGCCGAGAUCAUGCACUUCGAGGCUCAGUCCAAGGCUGUGCUUUUUCCCUCAAUAUGUUGUAUCACAAAUCACUACACCUAUUUUCUUUGUAAAUGCGGCAUACGACUCAUGGCAGAUUAAGAACAUUUUGGCACCGGGUGUUGCUGAUCCUCAAGGACACUGGCAUAGCUGCAAGAUGGAUAUAAACAACUGCUCUUCUAAUCAACUAGAUCUAAUGCAAGGCUUUAGAACACAAUUUCUAAGGGCAUUGACUGUUCUAGGAAACUCUCCAUCCAAAGGAAUGUUCAUAGACUCUUGCUAUGCUCACUGCCAAACAGAAAUGCAAGAAACAUGGUUUAGAAGUGAUUCUCCAUUAUUGGCCAAAACAACCGUUGCGAAAGCUGUAGCAGAUUGGUUUUAUGAAAGAAGGCUUUUCCAUCAAAUUGACUGUCCUUACCCCUGCAAUCCGAGUUGUCACAACCGCGUUUUUCAACAAGACAACCCUGGAAAAAAUGUCACCACCAAAGGAACUUCAUCAGAUGCAUCAGCUGUAAAGUCCAGUUUUCCAAAACUAUCAAAUAAGGCGCAAUGGAUUGAGCUUUUGUGCAUUAGAACCGGUUGGCUUCUAUUGACGACAGUUAGUCUGGUCAUCCUAUAAAAGCUGGUUUUUGUUGAUUAAAUUUGAUCCAAUUGGACUAUUUCGCCUUACAACUUACAAGUAUGAUUUAAAUAAUGGAUUAAUCAAAUGGAUGCUGAGAAUACCGAUCAAGAAGGAAUAAAAGCCAAUCCCAUUGGAUUGAAUCACUCUUUACUUCAUACAUAUAGACUUGCAUAUGCUCCACCAGACAAAGAACUUAAUUGUUAGGUUCAAUCAGCGUAAGCUUCUCGGCUACAAUUUCUCAAAUCAUAUGUCAAAAUCUUAAAUGAGUAACAGCACAAUAGCAUACAUCAUGUUGCUAUGGAAGCACAUAAUUCAAAAUUUAUAAUUGAGCAUAUUGAAGUCUUGUUUUAUUGUAAUUUUAAACAGUUGCAGAGAAAAGUAUUAGCAAUGAUACUAGAACUUUUCAUGGACUGCUUAUGAAACCCCCUUGUUUUUCUUUUAAUAUUCAACUCUUAGUUCAACAGGUAUGAAUUUCCUCCCAUCGGCCUGACAUCUCGCGUUAUUGUAGCUGAGCAUCGGUUUGUUCGACAAUUACCGAUAAGGGAAGAACAAUGUUUAGAAUGAAUGCUGCAUCUGAAGAUCUUUCUGUAGUAUAUAUAUACUACUGGUGGCUACUUCUAUUAACUCUUUAUUUACUUUAUCUUUUAAGACACAGAUCAUUUUGAAAGUGACACUUACAAUUGUACCCAUGUACCUAUAGUUUUGACAGUUAGAUUCACUAAAUGGUUUAAAUAAAUUUUGUCCAAGUGUCAAAA